AUGCCACAAUUACUCUCCCCAAUAGCUCUCCGGGCCCUCCGGACCCUUGUCCACCGUCCAGCAACAACACCUCUCCGCCGAACCCUCACAACAUCCACCAAGCUCCAAACCCAAACCUCACUCACCACCCGCUUCAACUUCACCCCCGUCUUCCGCACCUCCACCACUCUCUCCUCCCUCUCCCUCUCAACCUCCAAGCGCCAAUUCUCCAGCUCGCCUAUUAUCGGCGCUACAUACAACCAGGUCCGCCGCGGUAUCCGGACUGGUCAGCGCGCGCGACGGGGUCGGUCACCUGCGCUUGUGGGAACGCCUGGGCUUAAGGGUGUUUGUCUUAAGACUGGUAUUACCAAGCCCAAGAAGCCUAACUCUGGUGAGAGGAAGAUUGCUCGUGUGCGCUUGAGUUCCGGGAAGAUUAUUACGGCUUAUAUCCCUGGUGAAGGCCACAAUAUCCAGCAGCACAGUGUUGUUCUUGUUCGUGGUGGUCGUGCUCAGGAUUGUCCUGGUGUGAAGUAUACCCUUGUUCGUGGUGGUAUGGAUUUGGGUGGUGUUGGAAGCCGUAUGACAAGUCGCUCGAAGUACGGCACGAAGAAGCCAAAGACCAACUAA